GCUACUUGUUAUCUCUGUCUCGACUGUUGACGUCAGCAGUCGAAUAUAAAACAGCAGGUAUAAAAGCACCACUUCAAUUCCUGGCUCCAGAAACCAGACACACCUUGAGCUCCACAAGGAUCAUACGCUCGCACCACAUUCUCUCAACGCGGAAACUGUAAAGAGGCAAUGCUGACCAGGAAGACAAGGGCAAUGCUGGUAGUGGCUGUGAUCAUGAUGAUCAUGGUGAUUGUGACGCUGCCCACGGCCACCGCUAUGGCACCGGAAGGUCCAGAAUAUCAACAAUACCAGGGGGCAGCAAGGAUUCGUAGAGACAUUGAACCUGUCAUCUGGAAUGGACAACCAUCUUACAACCCAUAUGUGGUUCGAUUUUGGGGAAAAUAGAAUAUCGUCCUUCCUCAGAAUGUGACACUUAUUGGUAGUUGUAAUCCUUAUGAAAAUAAUAAAGAAUGAAAAUAAAGCAACAUAUUUAAAUUACUAAAACUGACCCUGAAAGAUGACUUGGUAUCAUACAUCCUGGCGCUCACUUAUCAUUUUGUGCACACGAGGUAGCACUGCUGGAGUGUACGGUAAACCGGAUGUACUUGUUACAAAGAUAAUUGUCUGAUGGCGCACAGGAAUCCGGCCGUGUAAAAUCCUUUUUCAAGCCAUCAUAACUGCCACCGAGCGUUGCACUGACGGACGUUCGCAGCCAAAGAUGGUGCCAAUGACCAGAAAGAUGUCAAGGGCUGAAACAAAGAUGGUUCCUUGACAGACAUUUAUGACUAUUUCCAGCAUGUCUCGAUGGGUGCGCGGAGCUAUAUGGGCAGCGGGAUCAUGUGUGGUGUGGUGCCCCAUGUGUGUGUGUCUGAGUGGGGGUGGUGCCUGGUGGGUGUGUGCCUGUGCUGUGGGCCUCAUCACUGUAACCCUAGGCUCGGGCUACACCACUUGGACUGUCUUCAACAACCUGAUUCAACAUGGGCCACACUCCUAUCCAGUUUUUGCACAAUGCUUCAGUAUUCUGGAGCGUGUCGUUGACAGAGGCCAAACUUCCUCGUGUCCUAACCUUGAAGGAGGGAAGCACUCCAGAGUUAGCCAAACAAAAUAUGAAUAUGGAGGGAGUGGCAGUGGUGGCUCUGAACUUGUCAUGCAUGAAAUGGCGGCUACUGCUGGCUCACUCCAUUCCUUCCUGGUUCUGCCGUGGUACACCCGAGUCUCACCUGAUACUCAUCAUUCAUAUCAGAUUAAGGAUGUGCUGGAAGAGAUGCUGGGCAACAUGUGCUGCCGAGUGCAAGAGUCCGGCAGCAUCACACACACGACCGCAAGCAUCCUUCAGAUUUACCUUCAGCAUUACCGCCAAUUCCAGCGAGCUGUAAAAAAAGUGUCCAAGAAGCACAAAGACUUUGAAAUGUUCAGCAAAAUUGGUUUAGAAGAGCUUCAAGCCAAGUAUAAACCUUUACAUCCAGCCCUGAAAAGUCAAGAGUCCCUGAAAUUGUAUUAUCGUAAGUUAGCACAAGCUCUCCUGCUACACUAUCUGCCUGUUGAGGUGACACGUUGUGACCUCAUUCUGAUCUCACUGAGAGACCUCUUUGCUCAAAAUGUUUUGCGGGCCUUUGUGGACCUUCUUUGUGAUACUCAGUGGCUUAAUAGUACGCUGACUGAAAUUCUCUCAGGAGGGAUGGAAGAUGUACAAAACAGAAAUGGCCAGCAUAAAAGAAGCUCACCAAGAGAAGAAAAUAUAAAAAUACCCAAGUCUUUAGAGGGGCUAACAAGUGCUCCACAAGUGAUCAGUGAUGAGAGGGCAUUGCAUACUGGUCUUCCCUCCAUUGAAGAGGAAACACUCUCUGAAUUGCAACAAUUGAAUCCUGCAAGAUCUCAAUCUACUCAACUCAGUGAAGGGUCUUCAAAUUCUUUGGAUAAUAAAGAUGAUGAAAAAAAGUUUGAAAAUGCUGAAGAACUAGUAGAAUAUGUUAGGAGUUCUAGCCUUGAGAAGAAAGAAAGCAGUGAGGAAGAAGAUUAUAAAACAGUCUCCUCAGCCUUGGGCACACUAAUCUCUACAACUGCUGGGCCGCUGCUACCUGACUCGUCGUCUCCUCCUUACCAGCCUCUUGUUAGCAAGAUGUGGGAGAGUCCUAUAGAAGAUAAGUGCUUUGUUGACAUUCCUCCUGUGAAAAAGAAGAAAAAUCCCUUUUCUCGCAAUGUAGUAGAGGGGAUGAAGGAAGAAGACUACAAGAUGCUCUGCUGUUCCACCACAACUAGUGAUAAGAAUGUAAAGGAAGUAUCUAGUCCAUCAUCCAUUGCUGAAAACUCCUUAGUGCCAAAGAUAAGUGAAAUAAGUCAGAAGGGCAGCAUUGAGAUAAAAAUUGAAGACAGUGAAGCUACUAUUAAGGGACCUGAUGGAAAAACUCUAGUACCAAAUAUGAGAGACAUUCCUCGCAGUAAGAGCUGUGGAAAUCUUAUCGAUAAUGGUGAAGAAAGUGCAACUUUGGGUGUUGAAACAAAAACAUUGCAUUCAUCACUGGGAGAAUUAGACCAUGUAGAAACUAAGGAAAUUAGAGAUACUGAAAGAAAGGAAUCCAUUGAAAAUAAUAAUGAUGAUGUUGCUAAUAGAAAAGAAAAGGGUCACUUGAUUAAGAUGCUUUCAUUUGAUAAGAAUGAUGGAAUUGAUGAGGUUUCCCUAGAAAAUGAGAAGCUAACUUCCAAAGAGUGUGACUCAGAAAAGAUGAAUCAAAGUGAAUGCUUAAAAGUGUUGCAAGCCAAGGAUGAUGCUUCUCGUUUGUCCACGACUCCAGAUCAGAGCCAGUCUUCUCACACAGCACCCACAGUGACACCUACCAAGGAGAGUGAUCCCCCAGGAACCUUAGAAAUUCCUGACUCUCCUCCACUGGGUAAUGCUGGAUUUGGAUGGGAAAAUCCUGACCUUUCACCCAUUUAUGAAGAAAGUGAGGACUUAGCUUCAUCAAUAGCUAAACUUAGAUCCCUCCUAAGUGAAAGGGAGAGUCAGCACAGCCUUGGAAGCUUGAGUUCAUAUGGCUCCAGUGAGAGUGAGCCCAAGUCUGCUCAGUCUGACCCCGGGCGCUACAACCUGGAGAAGUCCCGCUUCACCUUCACACACAAAGACAGCUCUGGAUCUUUAGCAGCUUCAGUAAAAUCAGUCUCAAGUUUGGAGUCUUGUGGAAAUGGCAUUGCAGAUGAAGAACUUUUAGAAGCUGCAGAAAUUCCUCUUGAUGGGCGUGUGUUUCUAAGUGUGUGUGUCCCCUCAACGGAGGUGCAUACAGAGCCUGGAGGGACACAGUAUACACUCUACACAAUUCAGUAUGAUGCCAUCUAUUUGUGUGAGACUCCAACCAUCACCGAGGAAGGCGGAGAGGAAGGCUCCAGUGACCCACCACCAGUGUCUGAGCCUCGCAUGGUGCUGCAGACAAACUGUGUCAAGAGAAGAUUUCGUGAAUUUCACACUCUUCACGAUGCUUUAGAAGGUGACGCCAAACUACGAGCAGCAAUGAAAGGGGUUAAGGGUCCCAACAAGUGGCUCAAUCUACCCUUCAGUAAACUAGACUCUGCCACAAUUGCUACUCGUAAACAGUUCCUAGAAAAAUAUCUUCAGUCUGUCAUCCAGCGGCCUGAGGUGAAUAUAUCAACGCCUGUCAAGGAAUUCUUGGCCUAUGGUUCUGAUGCUUCAGUUUCUUUUGUCAAGAAACCUUUAGAGUUGCAUGUUCCUCGCCUAGACAAGCUCUUGGCCAAAACUGUGUCAGGUGUCUUCCAUAGCUUGAAAACAGCACUUCCUAGUUUUGAGUCUUCAGACAACCAAAGUGGAAGCUCUGAGGGUGCAGGCAGCAGCAGUGGUGGUUUAGGAACUGGCUCAGGUGGAGAUGUGAUGUUGAGGAGCAGAUCAGGGGGUGGAAUACUGAGUGAACGUAACAAGCUGGCAGCAUUUUUGUCAAGUGGGACAAAAGGAGAGUAUGAAUUGAAGCUAGACAUCACAGCAGAGGAAGAGGACUGCCAGAUUGAAGCCUUGUUGAUCAUGGAAGUCUCAGGAGCCCACCACGAUGAACUAGUAGAAUCUGCAUAUGAGGCCAGAGAAACUCGCACAGAGUCCCAGUUUUUGUCAGACCAGCUGCACCAUCAUUCUGUCGUGGUUGGCUGUUGUGACUUUGGCAAAAGGGACCAGUUGUUCCACGUGCCUCCCCACCUGCCUCCCCCGGGCCCCAGACCUCGGGGUGAUGGCUGUGAUGACGAUGAUGCUCUCUCUCGACGCAGCAGUAACCAGGACUCGGUAAAUGGAGAGGAUGGAAGAACAUCUUGGGAGAACUGGCCAUUGUCUGUCAGCAUGUUGGAUGUUAUGGUGGAGCUCUUGGCACCCUGUGACCACCCCAUCACCCGGCAGCCAUGUGUCACACUCCUCACCCGUACAUUUGCCAAGAUCGCUCACAAGUGGUUGCAGACUGAGCUUGAACAUUUGUUCAGUGAGAAUAACACAGUGGAGUAUAUCCAGACCUUAAGGGAAGCUAUUUUGGCGUCCAUUGAGGCACAGUCACCCCCACCGCCCUCAUUUGAGGAGGUCAUGGAGUCAAGAGAAAAGCUAAAAGAAGCACUAAAAGACUUCAUUCCAGGCGUGGUGCAGGUGUUGCUUGGAAGAGAGGUGACUCAGCAGGCUGCCAUGCGGGUGGUGGACUCCCUGCAGCACCCAGCAGUCAUGACUGACCUCGGCCUCCACUUGUUAGACUUGAUGGCUGCUCAGCUGCUGCCCAUUCCCCCAGACACACCUUGAAUGUUGCUGCUGUCUACACUCUGCCUCCUCACUCUUUGGAAGUGUCUGUGAGUGUCUUAAGUAUUUGACCAUGAAUGACUGGGUAUUCACAUGAAAAUGUAAAUGUUUCAGCAUUAUUCCUUCCCUCCAAAAUGUGACUUUUCAUUGAUUUGUGAUAUGGUAAUAAUGAAAUAUACUGCAGUAUAUGUAAAUAUAUUACAGCCAUGCAUUAUGUUCCUAUUUUAUGAUUAUACAACUAUGAGAUAUUAUAUGAUAGUUUUAAAACUGUUUUGGUUUGUACAUCAUAGUGCUUUAUCUCAGGAAUGGAUAGCUAUGUAUGAUUUUAAUGGCUUGUAUAUUUAUUAUAGAGUGUUCUUUCAGGCAUGGUUAAAAGCAGCAAAAAAAAAAAAAAAAAGAAAAAAAAGUUUAUUGAGCUUGAUUUACAGAUUGAAUGUAACAAAAUAAGUGAAGUACACUUUUUGUACUUUACUUUUGUGUCAUGAACACAGCAGCAAUGAAAAUUUUAUAUAAAGAUGUGGUAUAUGCAGUUAGGAAAUAUAUUAAAUGACAGUAUUUUAAAUAACAUUUGCACACACACACACACACACACACACACACACACACACACACACACACACACACACACACACACACACACA